GUGUAAGGAAUAAUAUCUUUUCUCUUUUUCCCCAAAAGGCUAAAAAAUUGAAAUACUUUAGCUCUUAGCUUCUUAACUCACUGUAAGCUACACUACGACAAGCCGUAUUUGCGUAAUUGAAGAAAAUGGUAUGUGGUCGAAAACGUCAAUCUUUCUUUCUCCUAGUUCUCUUGCCAUCUCUCUUCCUCUCUCUCAUUCUCUCUGAUGCUGUUUGUGAAGUGAUUUCGUGCAAGAUGCAAGCUCAAAGUUUUGGAUUUGCAGGUAAUUGGUCGACUCUUUGAAGGAUAUUGUCUCCAAUGGCACUGUCUAUAGGUUUGAUCCAAACAGUCCCUCUCAAAUUGGGUUUUGGUUUUCAAAGAAGAGUUUCAUGUGGGAAAUAUGGAAUGCUCAUUUCGAGAUCGUCACGGGGGCUUCUCAGCAUCCAAGCUGUGCAGGAUAAUGGAGGUCCUCAAAGACUAGUCGAUAUUAUUAGACGCGUUCCUGAAUUCUCCAGGAACUACUUUCGAAGUCCUUCAAGAAGGGCACUUUUUGGUGGAAUCUCCUUGUUGGGUGGAUUUUAUGUGGCGCAAACUAUUUCUCUGUCAUUUGGAGCUUUAGGUGUAAAUGAUGUUAUAGCUGCAGUGAUUUGUGUUCUUUUGACAGAGUAUGUAACAAGAUUUUAUUACAGCCGGCCAAAGGUAACCUUUCCUGUUGCUCUUCUUAACAAUUUCAAGAUGGGGUUCACUUAUGGACUCUUCAUUGACGCCUUCAAGCUGGCUAGUUAAUUAUAUCACAAGUUCUUGAUUACCUGUGGGUUUUUCCACAUUUUACUUGUUGGAGGUUUUGGAUUCUGUAAAGUCCUCUAAUGUCAUGUUUCUAUAUUCUCAUUCCAUCUUUCUUAUGUUUGAUGUAUGUCCUAGCCCCCCAAUGCCUCGUUUGUCUCAUGUUCUAGUGUUCUUUGCCUUUCACUUUGAGCAAUUUUUCUUUUGGUAUUGUAAAUAUGUGAAACAUAGAAAAUACUAUCUCAAUAUGAGAUAUGUUCAUUCUCUC